AUGCCGCGUACGCUCCCAGCGUGGGACUUGGCAAUGCAAUCCGUUGAUCGCUCCCAACCCAGCAGGCCUUCGGAGGAACUUUGGGGCUACUGGGUUCCAGAGCCUUCACUGCUUGUUGGGCCCACUACAGAACAACGCGUCGCGCGCUACCUCAUGAACUGGCUUGGGGUCCGUGACCCAUGGCUGUACCUCCUCGCUCUUCCAGACUCUCCUGCGACGCGCGUGGGGCCACAGUGGUGGCGAGACUUCCUGAACGGCGAUACGAACGCGGCGGCCACCACUGUGACCAAUCGUCGCACCCAGCGUUUGGAGAAGGUCAAAGAGGUCUUCUGUCGCGCGUUCCUGAUGGAGGAUUUCCAAGAGCGAGACUCCGGCGCGAUCGAGUGGUUCCACCGUCCCAUCACCGCGGUUGAUGCAACCACUGGACCACUGAUUCUCUGGGAGUUGUUUGAGCUCGGCUUCCGCCACGAACUCCUCGCCCUCGACCGACUCUUGGUGCCCAUGCACGGGGUUCCCGACGCGGAUUUCAUCCGCGAGCAAGUUCUCGUGGGUGUGUUCCAUCAUCGCGACCUCUACCGCCUUCACCAGCUUCCGGUCUUCGGCGUAGGCCUCUCCCAUCGCAUGCCGAGCUCGCGCGUCCGGUGCGUCGAAGCCCUCCGCCGUGUCGUCAUGAGAUGGCCACAGUGUCCUUCGCAGAUUGUGGUGGACCCGUCGAUUAACGCACAGACCGUCGAGGAGAUGGAGCGGGCCGUGGCUUCCUUCUAUUGUACCACUUUUUUACUUACUCCGGCCGCGCUCCCCUUGUCCCUCAUGUGUUUCCUGAAUGAACAAUGCUCUUUACGAUACUAA